CUGUAUUUAUAUACCCACUGCCCCGAUUUACUUUUGGGAUAAUAUCCAAUCUACUUUCAAAUCAUAUACCCUUAUACCCCCUUUCUUUUUUAUUAUUUAUUCAAUUGGAAAUUUCAGAAACAGUUCCAUCAUUAUGUCUGCUGAAGCUAACACGUCGCUGUUGGAGCGCAUUCAGCGCCCCGAGGUGAGCAAGGAGACGGCGAAGAAGAUUUCUUUGGUGGAGGAGCAGUUUGCUAGGGCGGAGGUGGAGCAGUUGCGCCAGUCUACUCUCCUGCUUCGUCCCCUUUUCGAAAAGCGCAACCAGGUUAUCGCCGAGCCUGAUGUGCGCGACACUUUCUGGACUCGCGUCAUGCUCAAUGCGCCCGCCGAGGUGGAGGAAUACAUCACCAUGACCGAUGCCACGAUUCUCGCUUCGACUCUUAAGAACCUGACCGUUGAGCGAUUCGAGAUCGAUGAGAAGGGUCAGGGCGAGCCCCGCAGCUUCCGCUUGACCUUCGUGUUCCGCACCGGCGACGAGAACCCUUACUUUGAGAACGAGAAGCUCGUCAAGACCUUCUACUGGCGCAAGCAGGUCAUCACUACCCCCAAGGGUCACAAGCGCACCUGGGAUGGUCUGGUCUCCGAGCCCGUCCGCAUCAACUGGAAGAAGGACCAGGAUCCUACCAAGGGUCUGCUGGACGCUGCUUGCGACCUUGCUGAGGCGGAGAAGAAGGGCGGAGACCGUAAGAAGCUGCCUGAGUUCGCCAAGGUCCUUGAGAAGAAGGAUGAGAUUGAGGCUGCUGAGGACCAGGAGAUGGGUGAUGAUGAGGAUGAGCUCCCUGAGGAUGGCCCUGGCGGCAUGAGCUUCUUCGCUUUCUUCGGCUACCGUGGCAGCGAUGUCACUGCUGAGCAGUCCGAGGCCGCGACCAAGGAGGAUAACGAGAGGUUUGAGAAGCUCCUCAAGGGCGAGCCUGUUGAGGGUGAGGAUGAGGAGGACGAGGAUGACGAGGAUGACGACAUUGAGGAUGAGUUCGAUGACAUUGAGGUCUUCCCUGGUGGUGAGGAGCUCGCUAUUGCGAUCGCUGAGGACCUCUGGCCCAACGCCUUGAAGUACUAUGUCACGGAUCAGGCGAUCGAGGAGGUCGACUUUGACGACAGUGAGCUUGAUAUCUCGGGAGACGAGGAAGAGGACGAGAACGACCGUCCCCGCAAGAAGACCAAGGUCUAAAGAUAUCACCGUGUCUUGUCUUGAAUAAUGCAGUUGUAACCAUAUGUCUUCAUGUCUUAAAGAACAAUGAGCAGGAUGAGGAGGAGGACCAAAACGAAUAUGAGGACGGCAAUGCAAAAGGAUGACAUUGUAUCUAAUUGAUAAUCAGCCAACGUUUUUUUUUUCGAGAAA